GAUAGCUGCAGCUUUGGCAUGUAGAGCUGCAACAUCGCCCUCUUUUGCUCCGUACAACAAAUGACAUGUCUGCUUUUGUCAACGACAACCAGGCGAGUCAGACAGUCGUUUGGUUUGGUUCGCCCGUAGUGUUUAGCCAACCCAGCCAGCAACAACCAGCCGCCUGAAUGUAGAUCCGCAUGGGCUACUACCACUGUAUCUCUCCAAAUAACCCAGCGGAAUCAUAAAAUAAGGAUCCCAGGAUGGUGUUAGUGCAUGUCGGAUAUCUGGUUCUUCCUGUAUUCGGCUCAGUAAGAAACAGAGGAUCCCAUUUCAACCGGCAACAGCAACAACAGCAGCAGCAGCACAGCCAUGCUACCUCUUGCCGGCACUUCCAGUUAGGUCCUCAGGCCCCGCUGCCCAUGGACUUCCCCAUGCCCCAUCCAGGGCAGACACAGUCAGGCAUUAACCCCCACCUGGCCCCACCCAGCCACCAACACGGCCCUCCGCUCCACUCGCCCCUCAACCCUUUACCCACUCCUCAGUUCCAGGACAUCCCUGCCCCUCCUUUCCUACCUCAGGCAUUACACCAGCAAUACCUCCUCCAGCAGCAGAUCCUUGAGGCCCAGCACCGACACAUCCUGCCACCCUCCAGUAGACGGACCCCAGAGAGAGUUCCUCACCAACCCCACAGGCUGCGGCCCGGUUAUGAGUUUGCUCCUCCGCUUCAUGUCCCUCCACAGCCUGUGGUACAGCAGCCUCGCUACCUGGCUGAGGGCACAGACUGGGAUCUAAGUGUGGAUGCUGGGCUUCCCCCCCACCAGUAUCACAUCCACCCGCUGCCGCAGCACUAUCAGCACUACUUGACCUCUCCUAGGAUGCACCACUUCCCUAGAAACAAUGCCUCAACACAAGUGGUCGUCCAUGAGAUCAGAAACUACCCAUAUCCCCAGUUGCACUUGCUGGCUCUGCAGAGUCUCAACCCCUCCCGCCAUGCAUCUGCAGUUAGAGAGAGCUAUGAGGAACUUUUGCAGCUGGAGGACAGACUGGGCAGCGUAAACCGUGGAGCAGUCCAAACCACCAUCGAGAGAUUCACUUUUCCCCAUAAGUACAAAAAGAGAAUACCACAGGACCUGAAGAUGUGUCUGGAUGAUGAGGAGCUUGACACCGAUGAAAAGUGCACCAUAUGUCUGUCGAUGCUGGAGGAUGGAGAGGAUGUCAGGAGAUUACCCUGCAUGCACCUCUUCCACCAGGCAUGUGUGGACCAGUGGCUGGCCACCAGCAGGAAAUGCCCCAUCUGCAGAGUGGACAUUGAGACCCAGCUGACCCCCGACAGUUGAUAGCUCCUGUUGACUCCUGCAGCUUUGGAUCUUGGUCUUGUUAAUUUUCCAUUGCCCUCCCUCCGGGGGGGUAGGCUCUGCCAAACACCGCUCUUCCCCUCUGCAUCACUCAACGAGCCUGCCUUCUGAGACAGCUGUGACAGAGGGAUCAACAAAGCACACUCACCUACAACACAACGAGGGAUGGGGGGUUGAUGCACAGAUAGGCGUCUGGACUGAGGUUCGGUUUAAUGGACUUGGCUGGAUGUAAAAGGUAGGAGUGGACGUGUAUGGACAGAUGUGCUGAGGCUUCACACAGUUCUGUUAGAUUGUGUACCCUGUGUACAUUUCUCCAUACAGCCGCCGAGAGCACGGGUACUCUGACAACCAACCUCCCCAGCUCAGUGUGGUGUAUUAAGGCCAUUUCUCUGCCACUAUAACCAAACCCUUUGCCCCCCUCCCCAGGCCUGUGAAAAAUAAUUGAAGCUGCACUCUGCCCAAGCCCUCAGCACAUCUGUACAGAACAUUAUCAAAUGAUUAGCAUGAGGUUGUUCGGUGUGAACUCUUGUAGCUGAACGCUUGUGGUGUAAUGGAGUAUAGUACUGAAUAAGUAUUUACAGAGUAACAGUGUUGUGUAGCAAGCAAAAGCCUUUUGAGAAAUAUGUUUGUGAAAAAUAAACCUACAGAGAGGGUGAAUACAGCUCUAACAGUAAGAAUAUUCAGUGUGUUUAAUCGUAGGCAACCAGAGAAAGAGCUAGUUGUGUAAAAAGGCCAAAAUCCCUCUUUCUUGUCUAACAUGGUUUUGGAUUUCCAGUUAGUAGAUGCCAUCAGAGUUGAUGCUAAAAACGCUAACUGCAGGCAUGGCUUCCAGUGAUCUGUGUAGUGUCGUAGUCGGGCCUCUAUAAUCUAGAGCAGAGGCCUCUGAUGUGCAUGCUGUAUGGCAGGCUUGGGCUGUGUCGUUAAUAUUGUGGAGCAGUAGAAACAGGGACUGUGUCUGUGCAUGUGAACCGUAUAUUAUGACUCUGAUGAUCCCACUCAUUCAUAGAGGAGGACAAGAAUGCACCUAAUACCCCCUCCCCACCUCUUCCCGCACCCUUCCCCGCUCAUCCCGAGUAGACCAAAGUUGCCCUUAGACACCGAUCACAGGCCAGCGAAGGAUUUCCAGCUGUGAUUCGGACUCAAAGAGCUGUUGGUGGAUCUGUGUCUAACAGCAACACCUCUCUGUGGCCUCGCUCAUGGCAUGAUUGCGAUCAUGAGAGGCCGGCAUGGGCUUGAGGAUGCAGUGCCUGAGUCUUGCCAUCAGAGUACGUGACAUUUGUAUUACCUAUCACCAGAACCUUAUUGCCUAUCGAACAAGCACAUGUGAUUUCUAUAUCCAGUGAAUGGCCUCUGUUGUGUAUCGGCUCCUUUCAUUUCAAUCUAAGUUGCUCCCACUGUUUGAUUAAAAAAAAAAAAAAGACUGUGUCUGGUGUUACAGGGACAAUACAAACUAGUUUGCCUGUGAUAUGUGCUAGAAUGUGUAUGACUGUCCCCACCCCCUCUCCCCCAUGGUCGUAGUGUAUGGUAUUGCUAGAACAACUGUGAUGCGUUCAGUGAUAGAAGCUGUUUUUUCUAUAUCAUGCAUGAACCAUGUUGGCGUAGUUCACUUGAAGGAGGGUGAAAGGGAGAAAAAGCCAUCCAUUUGAAAAAUACCAAACAAUUGUUCUUAACAUUAAUUUUGUUUUAAUUGUCUUUUUUUUCCCUGCCAUUUCUUUCGUGUUUUUAUUAUCUGUACUUUUUUUUUUUUUUUCUUUUUUUUUUCUCUUGCUCACAUGCCAAUCCGGACAUGGUACUAAUAUGCCGAGUCCUUGUCCACUUUAACCAUAGUGAAGAAAAAGCUGCAAUGCUGCAAAAACAUAUUUAUUGUUGUUCUAAUGUAGCUUGUGUUUUGUAAAUGCACUAUAAUAUGGAGUUGCCUGAUUUUUUUUUUGGUUUGGUGGUGUGGGUUCUUCUUGUCCUAGAUUUUGUGUUCCAGUUCAGUUAAGUAUUUUCAUGCUUCCUUGUGUAUUAUUGGAGGGUAACUUGACUGUUUGUGUUGCGUUUGUUUUUGUUUUGUUUGUUUUUUUUUUUCCUUUCUUUUCGUAUGAAACCUCCAUCCAAAAAACUACAGAUGGAUGAAAAUGGAGGUUUGCUAGUUCACAUAGAAUGCUGUGAUUAAAGAUGCCUUAAGUAUUUAACAAUCAUUAUUUAUUACUAACUGUAGCUAGCUAGCUAUUGUGGUGGAAUAUUUAAUGUCUCUAUCUCAUAACUUUGCAAUUUAAUCAAUAUAUUUAUUUAAAAUAACACAAAAUAUUAAAAAAAGAAUACCUCAUUAUGCAUUGGUCGGUGGGGAUGCUUUUGCAUGCCGUCUGUGUUUUCUUUUUCAAAAGAGGAAAAAAAAAAAAAGAAACUUGUUGAAAAAUCAACUGGGGUUGUUUCCCCAACACAUUUUUCUAGCCAGCAUGGUGCUGUUGAUCUGGAUUACAUUCCAUUCAUAUCAUCUCUCGAUUUUUCAUUAUUUUGUAGACAUCAUCCCUGCUUUGACACAAAGCAGAUGUUGGGGUGCAGCCCUUUUUUUUUUUUUUUGUCUUAGCUCGCUUCUGUUGUCAUAAUCAGUCACGUUUAAUUUAGUUUUUCCACAUCUUUUAAGUUGACCACAAUAUCCAUCAUAUCUGGGUCUCAAUUUAGUGCUUAUUUUUUACGACCCACAUUACAAGCUGUAUUAGUUGUUGCUGGCAGUUGCUUUGUGUGGGAUUAUGGGACGUAUAUCUAACAUGCUAACUUGAGCCAUUGAUCUUAUUGAGCAAACUUCUGGUGUACUGUGGUUAUACAAUAUAGAUGUUUUACACCUGGGUAUAAUAAGCUAACUACGUUUUCGGUGUGCAUUUCUUAUUAAUACUCUACUAAUCCUGCAAAUUAUUAUAACAUGUAUUGGAUUGGAAUGAAGCUGGCUGGUCUUACUAUUAUGAUUUCAUUUCGUGCUCUCACUGGCCUUACCCCGUGCCCUCCACAGUGUAACCCAUAACUCCAGAGCGAACUGGACAGUAGCCAUAGUAUUAACUCAAGCUGAUGAACCGGAAUGAACAGUAGAACUUAAAGCACAAGCUUUUUAAUGCAUGUCCUUCUCAGGUUUUCCUAUGUGUAUGUGGGAGUAGCUCUGUAGAUGUGUUUAAUAUGAUGCUGUACCUUCUUGAAUAUUUCAGAUGUUUCUUUGCUGCUGAAAAAAAGUUGAUUAUUAACCUGCCAGUGAAAAAGGGAAGUGGCCAUCUUUGUACAACACACUGCUGUUUUGCUGUAACCGCGCAAUGUUUUAUGAUCUUGAGUAUUUUAUAGAAAAGUAGAAGUAUGUAUCAAUAAUAUGAAAGCAAUAGCUAAAUCAUAAUGAAGAAUAACAUGAUCAGUGAAUAUUGUGGAAAAUCUUUAGAUUCACUCUGGGUGGAUUUUGUACUGUAUUUAUUACUAAUGAUGAUGCAAAAAGUUGCAUAGCUUAACCCAAACUGUUCUGUCUCUUUUUUAUUUAUUGUCUUGUAUAUGAUCUUUUUGUAUGUGUUUUUCAAAUAAACUGCCUAAAAUGCUGAGAACUAA